AUGGCGAAGGUGGCAGCGGGACCUACUAGAUCGGAGGUGCGGGGGCUGCUGCGAAGCCUGCUGCGCGAGGCCAACGAGCAGAUGAUUCCCGUUUCCAAUAAUCCGUUGUGGCGGGACUCCAUCAUGGGCGCAUUCCGAUCUGCAUCGCCAUCGCCCGCGGAGGCGUGGAAUGGAUUUCGGGUGGGGCAGGCCUACCUGACCCUCCUCGAGAGCUCCCGGGUGGAGAAGGACAUGUUCGAGCGCUACGGCCUCACGCCCCGACCCGACGACACCCGCGCCCGGCUCCACCGCAACGCCGCCCGCGUGGGCCUCAGGCUGCCCCAGUGGCUCGACGAGAAGGAGGCUUCGCGAAGCUGA